AUGGAAAUUCACGAAUAACCAAUCAUAAAUUUAUUGUCUUUCUUACAUCUUCAGAAUCCUAUUGGCGAUUAUUUCUUAUCUGCAAAUGUUCCAGAUACAAUAUUUUAUGAGAAUUCAAUUCCUAAAUUAUGGUUUUUUAGUAAGAAGGCUCAAGUGAGAAUGAAAUCAAGGAUGAAAUUGGAUGACAAUUAUAUUCGUUAAUACUUCCUAGAAUUGAAUCAAGAGAUAGUGGCCAUUUGGAGAACCAAAACGGAAUUGUCAGUUUUUAAUAAGGAGAGUCUGACUAAGUUCUUUUAGCAACAGGGGUAGAAGGAUGGGAUUUUAUAAAGGUUUGUUUAUCCAAAGGGUUAUUUUAAUUGCACUAUUAUAAUUUAAUGGAGUCAGAAUUAAACAUUGUUUGAAAAGUUUGAGAGUAAAUUCUUACUUAAUGACAAGUCGAUUGAUAUUUAUUAGCGAGCAUUAACUCAUGAGAGAGAUGGAACUUUGGCACAAUAAAUUAAUAGUAAAUCUUUGACAGAGAGAUUAGAACAUUUUAGUGGAGCUAUAGCUGCUCAUGGUAAUGAUUUAAUGAAGUGGAAAUCCAAGAUUAUAAGAAUGACAUUGGAAAUCAAAAUAGAUAACUCUGGUUAGAUUUGGCUUAUCAAUUGUGUUCUUAUAAAGUGGUCUACAUAGGAAUAAGUACAUAUGAAAUCUCUCAGUCUCCCCUCCUUUAUUGAUUAAGAAAAGUUGAUCCUCAAGCAACAUAAAAAUAUAGUUAAAGAUAGUUAAUGUGAAAUGUGUGAUACCUUAUUUCAUCGGAAUGAUUUGAUGAAGACAUACAUAAAGAACAUCAUUGAGAGUUGGAAUUUCGAUCAUAUGGGGGAUAAUGAUAAAUUAUUAAUAACAAAGAAGAAAUAAAUUCUUCUGAGGAAGAAAACUAUGGCUGAGAAAUUAGAUGUAAGAUAAGAUGUAGAAUUGAGAUAAGUAAAUUAAAACUAUUUGAUACCUACUUUAAUUAGAAAGAUUUUUCCUAAAUUAAAAUAUGUUUAAUAUAAAGAAUUGUUGGGUAAUCCAGGAUUCUUGGAAAUGGAAUUCAGUGUUUGUUAUAAUUGUCAUGUUCAAAUUGAUAAAGGAGUCAAUGUGUCAUAAGAUCUAAGUAAAUUAGCAAAGUAAGAAAUGCUAUGUCCUGCAACUUAUAGGGGAAUCCAAAAAUUAAGACCUGAAGUCUUGAAAGAUCGUUUAAUUACUACAAGGAGGGAAAUCUUAAGGAAAAUAGCUAAUCAUGGACAUCGGAUUGAUGACAUUGCCCCGGUUUCCACAAGAAUCUUUAAUUAAACUAAUUCAAGCAGAAUUAUUGGCAUUUCCCCUAUAAAAAGUAUGAUCACUUCUAUACUCCCAAAAUAUUCAGUAAUUACUCUGGAUACUAAGGUUAAUAAGAAUGCCACUACAAGAACACACUCAAGAAGAGUCAGUGAUCUUAAAUGA